GAAGGGAAAGAGAGUGGAGGACACCACAGCAGCUGGUGAAAUUAUCUCUGCCAUUUUGAGACAGUCCAGACAGUUUCGGAGCAUAGUGUCUUUACUUAAAACAGUGAAGUACUGUCAAAAAUGACUUGACGCCAAGCAGUUUUCACCCGGAAACCUAUGUGACUACCCUGUAGUAUUCUGUCAAGACGUGGAGUUAUUUGAAUUUGAUAUCCUAGCGUCAACACAGCCAUGUGCUCCAUGAACCACUCCAACUGGGUGACAUUCGAAGAUGAAGGCACCUCCCUCUCUACACCUCAGAAACACCUGCAGGCAUCAACACCAAACACAGUGUCAGUGCCCCGCCCAAAUGGCCUAAAGCUGGUGCUUCCACCCUUGGGAGACCAGUCAUGGAGCUUCAGCAGUCCCCUUGAAUCUCCACAAAUGCCUUUUAGCUUUAAUGGGAGCUUCUGUGUGCCUAGUAACACUCCAAUGUGCACUCCAGUUAGGGAGACACCCAGCAGUCCAUCUCCCUUUCAUUGUGGCCCAGUAGGACAGCCUGACUUCUUCCGCAGUUUCUCAAACACAUCCACCUCUGUCUCUUCCCCAGGCCCUGAGAAGGCCACCCAGCCUCUCUCCUCUGAGGGCUGUAGCCCCUUCCCUGCAUUUCAGGAUGACCCAGGUCAUUUUAAUCCCUUCUGGGGGGAAUCAGGACGUAAUGCAGAUUCUGAAAGCUCUUCCUCAGAUUCAGAAUCAGGCUCCAGCUUACCUCGAUUCUUCAUCCGCACUAAGGAAGGUUUUGAGCCGCCUCGGGAUCACCUUCAGAGCUCGUACUCCUACAUAUGCCAUAAACUGGAAAGGCUGAGGGCAGAAGGACAUGAAGAAGAAGGAGGUAGAGGAGUAGAAGACAGGGAAAGUGGAGAUCCAGGACUUAGAGGAGUGAAAGAUGAGGAGGUUAGGGAUGGUCCAUCUGUAUUUGUCCCAAAGGGAUUGUUCCUCAGCCAGAGAAGACAUGGUUGGCCGUUGAUGCUGAGGAUUCCAGAGAAGAAGAACCGCAUGUCAUCUCGUCAGUGGGGGCCUAUUUACCUGCAGCUGCUGCGUGGUGGUGUACUGCAGAUGUACUACGAGAAAGGCCUUGAGAAACCUUUCAAGGAAUUCCAGCUCCAUUCUCAAUGCCGACUCUCUGGUCCAAAGCAAGAGAGCUAUGGUGAGCCACGCAAGAUUGACACACUUAAGGUGGAACUUGUGUCAUAUGUGGAACGUAAACGCUACCAUCCCAAGCCGGAGGUGACGCAUGAGGCGGAGGUGGAACAGCUGCUGAAGUUUGGUACCACAGAGCAUGGAGACAUGAUGGAUCUGUCAGCGUCUGUGGAGGAAGAGCUGAUGCGACUACCGCCCCCACACCAGCAACGCAAACACUAUGAGGAGCAGGAGCUGUCCCUGCAGAUCACUGAUCACAUCUGGAUACAGCUGGACAAAAACGGAAAGCUGCUGGACCAAGCAGCCAUUACGCGAGUCCACUGUCUGGCUUUCUUAAACGGCACAGGGGAAUGCUUCCUGGCCCUGAACGACUUGGGUUUGCUCCGUAAGGACUCUAAAUAUGGCUCCGAGGAGAACGAUGAGGUCUGGAUGGAAAUUGCUGACUGCUAUUUCCAUAAGUGCGUGAGAGAGGCGGAGUUCCAGGACUCAAGGUUGAUCAAGUUCGCACCUCCUGAUGCAUGUAGGUUUGAGCUUAUGCGUUUCAAGACUGUUUCUCUUGGCUGCAGUGACUUGCCUUUCACAGUGAAGGCGGUGGUCACCGUGCAGGGAGCCUACGUGGAGCUGCAGGCCUUCCUCAGCAUGUCUUCAUCUUUCCCCUGUCCUGCAGGAACUUCAGAGACUCAGCCACUCUGUGAAAAUGUGCUGAUUAUGGUCCCGGUACCCGGCGAUUGGGUCAAAGUACCGCGGGCUGUAUCUUUGCUACGGCAGAAGUCCUUGAAGGCUCGUAUGAAUCGAAAUGCUUGCUUGGGCUCGGUGAAUGUCACAGACUCACAUCCUGUCAUGCAGGUCACCACUGGCACAGUCAAGUAUGAGAACGUACAUGGGGCCAUAGUGUGGAGGAUGGACAGGCUACCUGCAAAGAACAUGGCUGUCGACCAUCCACAUUCUUUCUCUUGUAAGCUGGAACUUGCUUCAGAUCAGGAGAUCCCCACAGACUGGUAUCCUUUUGUCACAAUGGAGUUUGAAGUGGCAGAUGUAGUGGCAUCUCAAACAAGAGUAAAAUCUUUGGGCACAGAGAGUGACAUUCAGCCACAGAAGCAUGUUAUCAGCAGGGCUUUCUAUCAUUGCCAGGUGGAAAUUGAGAAGAAGUGGAUCGAGACAGAAACACAGAAACUGUCACGCUGUGCAACACAAUAAUCACAAUCAUUUCUAAGAAUGAGG